AUGACAAAAAUUAGAAGUAUUAGCCAGCAAUUCACGUGGGAACAACGAAGUAUCCACAUCCUCUUCUGCCCAACUGUGGCACAGAAUGAGAAAAAUAUAAUCAUCAGCAAUAGCAAGAACUCCCCCAUUAUAGUUGCUGACAAGCAAAGCAUUUUCCUCACCUCUAUCAACCUUAAAAAAAAGAACAGGACUUUAGAAAGUGGGAGGGACAUGGGAAAUGAUAGAAUAAAUUCCAUCUAA